GUUGGAACGCUUGGAACGCAUAAAUGUGAAAGGAAAUUUCCGAGAAAACGUCCUUUCACAGGGAUGCAAGGAACUAAGACUAUUAAAAAUGGCCGCCGUCAACAAGACGAUGCAGAGGUUUCGGCGAGUCUUUUCAGGGAAACACCCAGCAGUUAUUGCGAUGGUUCACGUUAAAGCAUUGCCAGGUACUCCAGGGCAUCAAAAUGAAAGCAUGAAAGGCAUUAUUCAGCAGGCUUGUGAAGAGGCCAAGAUCUACAAAGAAAAUUGUGUUGAUGGUAUUCUGAUUGAAAAUAUGCAUGAUAUCCCUUAUGUCAACAAAAGUGUUGGGCCAGAGAUUGUAGCAGGGAUGGCUGCAGUGUGUUCUGCAGUGAAAAGUGAAGUUGGUAGCAUACCCUGCGGCACACAGAUAUUAGCUGGUUGUAAUGCUCAGGCUAUUGGUGUUGCAAAAGCAUGCGAUUUGGAUUUUAUUAGAGCAGAGGGUUUUGUUUUUAGUCAUGUUGCAGAUGAAGGCAUAAUGAAUGCAGAUGCUGGUGACCUUUUGAGAUAUAGAAAGCUUGUAAAUGCAGAAAAUGUUCUUGUGUUUACUGACAUUAAGAAAAAACAUAGUUCGCAUGCCAUAACAAAGGAUCUGAGCGUAGCUGAAGUGGCACAAGCAGCAGAGUUCUUCCUUAGCGACGGUGCAAUUCUAACUGGUUCACAUACAGGUGAUCCUGCCAAUUCACAAGACAUAACGGUUUUAAAAAACAACAAAGUUGGAAUUCCCAUUUUAAUCGGAUCGGGGGUAGAUGAGGAGAAUCUUUCAAAUUUUAUGUCAGCCGAUGGACUUAUUAUUGGAUCUCACUUUAAGAUAGAUGGUCACUGGAAAAAUACUGUUGAUCCUAGACGUGUAUUCUCAUUCAUGAAUAAGUUUUCAGCUCUAAAGAGAUCAUCAAUAUAGAAAUAUUUUAGCCUUUGGUUCUGCCUCACUCCGGCAUAUUUCCUCUUUUACUUCCUUUGCUGUUUCUGGCUACAUUUUUAUCACUUCAUUUGGAGUUGCGUUCUACCUUUUCUGUUUUGGUUUAUGUAAAGAGUUAAGAGAUGUUUAAUUUCAGGUACCUGACAAUACACAUUCGAACGUAAUUGCAGAAGGUUCCUUUUCUCCAAUUCAUUUCAUUACAUAUAUGGAUCUAUGAGGACCGUGUAACAAAUAAAAUCUAAAGUCUUAAGCAAAAUAAAUCACCACCCUGUUAAUAGGAGGCUUGCAUAUGCAUGUGUAUUCUCUUCCAUUCUGGGAAUGGGUCACUGCAUUAGGUUAAAUUGGACGAAUCAGAACCAGAAUUGCAAAUAACUCUUAAUGCAAGCAAGAGCUGUCUUCCCUGAUAAACAAAUAUGUUUCGUGUUGAACAGUGGUGCCGUGGAGGGAGGGCUGGUUGGACAAAUUCUGUGUUGGCAACUCUUUAUUAUACUAUAGAUUUCCUAUGAAUGGGCAAUUUCUUAUAUGGCCUUCGUACUUAGUGACAUUUACCUAUUUGCUUUAGGUAUCAUACCAUGCAGCUGAAGUCCUAUAAAGAGAUAUAUGGUGAGGGAAAGCGUUUCCUGUGGGUUGUUUAAGUAGAAAUUUUCAAGUACCAUGCUAACCUUUUGUUUACUUUUUUGUUGAGUGCCAACCAUGUCUUGUCAUUCGCGUGGUGAUUUAUAAUGAAAACCAGUACGUAGGACUCUAAGGCCCUCUAUUCUCUAUCACUAGCUGGCAGACCAGCCGUGUCCUUAUCUUGAAUAAAAGUUUGUUUAAGCGCUAUUCAGUUGAAAAUAUAUCCCUUGUUUGUGCUAAGCCCCUUUGGGAUUCCAAGAACAACAUCGAACAGCUGUCUCAAAACAACAACGAUCAGCAGUUGAAAAUGUUUUCCCAGCAGCCAACUUCUUUGACGAGAAAAGAUAAACACUAGGAAUUUGAAUAUUUCGUAGCUGCUCUUGUCCGAACUUGCCCAGUUCAAACUCCUCGUCUUUGUGCGAAAGAUUGCGCUAACAUUUUCCUAGCGAGAUAAGCGGUAAAUUCCUACAGCGUAUGCGCGAACAGUUCUGUUUAGAUUAAAAUUCCUUCGCAAACACCGCACAGUUUUUUGAGUCCUCAGUUUGGAAACUCUUUUGAAAAGGUGAAAAGGCUGUGGCGAGGGAUUACAAUAUAAUAAUAUGGUCUUUAUACCGCUUUCGUCAGACUUUUUCCUACCGGCAAAUUACACAGUGUGUAAAAGAAAGAACAUAAGCUCCGACAAAUGUUGCAAAAGUGGGGGGGGGGGCAUGCCCCGGCCCCUUCGCUGGAGGCCCUGAUAACUUUCAAGAAAACCUGAAACAGAUUUUAUCAGAGGAAAACACUUGAUUGUUGAAAAUUCAAUUAAAACAAUUUUUAUGGUUUUCAAAAUUUUUACAUUUUUACAUUUAUUUUCCGGUAAAAACUUCAUACCAUAAAUAAAUGAUAAAUACAGUUUACAUAUGGUACAACAAUUCACAGCUUAAAAUGCAUAUAAAAUGAACAAACAGCAUUCAAAACCACCAUCGAUUGCUAUGUUAAAAACCUAGCAUUUCAAAUAAAAACAACAAGUAUACCACAUGAUUAUUCUAUCAAUAACACUAUUGGUGACGAUGCAAACUUCUAUUUUUAAUGUAAAUAAUUUUUUUUUAAUUUGUUUAUAUGUUCACGUUUCCAGACGCUUGUCACUAAAACAGAUCGGCCUACCCAUGCAACCAAAGAAACUAUUAAUAUUUCAUGAAACUUCAUUCAUAUUAACGACCACUUUAAAAAACAUAAGCACGAGUUUGAAUCCCAUUUAAUAUGAUUACAUGAUUAAUUUUCUUCAUCAUGCCGCACGCUUCCCAACCAUUCCUACAUGUUUUCCGUCUUUACGAUUCAACUUUUUAUAAUGGCGACCGUGAAGAGCGCGUUGAUGCGUGUGAUUUGAUCUUUUACUACCUUUUCUCGACUUGGUAUAUGCCAGAGAAUUCCCAUAAUUGCAUCCUAAGCUCUUCAGCGGACCUCUAUCCUUUUGCGAUUGGCAAAGAAAGACUUUGCCCUGCGCAACAUGACGGGCCGCCCCAUUUUGCUUUGCAACUACGCUGGAGCCAUCAGCUGGCUGCUCGGGGGAAGGCCCUUUAUCGGCAGAGCGCGGUCCGUAAACAGACAUACUUGGAUGUUCUAUGAGCAAAUUUUCGAGAGAAUCUGAAGAAUCCUUUCCUUGCUUCUUAGAUUUGCCACUGAAGCACGAUGGAGGUGUAACUAGCCAGCUUUCUUCCAUAUUAGUCGCCAUUUUAACGGUUUUGUUUUUGUCGUCAUUGUUAAGGUCAUUGGUUUCCCCUGAGAGAAAAAUUUUUUCAUUUGUUGUGGUACUCUAACUGAGCAAAAAGAUAUUGCCUUAAAAAUGAAAUAAAGCUUCACCUGCUUGGUAGAAAUGAAUACAUUUUAAAAUUAACAACUAUAAACAUCCAAGGAGUUGUACUAACUUGAGCAUAUGUAGCGUAUUAAUUUCGCAAUCUAUAAAUGAUCAACAAAAACAACGACUUUGUUUUCUAGAUUUGGUUUUGUCCAUCAAACCUUUUUCUCAAGAAAACUGCUGCAAACCAAAUAAAAGCAUAAAUGCUAAAUGAGAGCUGCUACAAUAAUUUAAAAGUUCUUGUGUAAUAUAGGCUAAACAUAUAAAUCUAAAUACCAAAAACUUUCUGCGUGUGGGCCUAUUCAAAGAUGGCGAAGGCAUUGUUGCAUCAUCGCAAAUAGACGCCGUUGGCAACUCGAAAAGAAAGAGGGCGUUGAUCUCGGUCCCAAGAAGCAGCACAGUAAACAAAAUUGCAAAAAACUGACCUUGUCGGGUUAUUCGGUCUACAAAGAUCCAUUCCUUAUCUUCGUCCUCAAUUUCAUUAAGCCCCUCGAAAUUGGGCUGCAGGUUGUCUUCCCCGAAAAAAUAUGCUGAAAUUGCAGAAAACAUCUUCUCAGACACCACGUACCGAUUUUUUCUCACCUAAAAGAAAGAACAAUUAGGCAAACUUUAAUUCUGUGUAAUUAGAAUGGGAAAGAAUUGAAUCGAGAUGUACAGUUUGUUCCUACUAGAAUAACAUUGAAAUCGACAGUCUACUAUUCGACAGUUCGAUAAAAGUCUACUAAAAAUAAUGGCAAAUCGAUAAAAGUCCACUUCAAAAUUGCAAGGAGACAAACAAUAUUGAAUUCCUUCUCUGCAGCUCAAAAACUCAUCCAAUUUUCAAGUGCCGGUAGAUUUAAAGAAAAACAUUGAACAUUACAACUAUUCAAAUUAUGUGUACGGAAAACUUGAGGAACAUGCCAAAGUUUGCAAACUUACCUUUCCUUCACUAAAACCAUUUGAUAAACAAGUUUAAAAUGAAAUCGCGUAAAACACUAAGGUAUAACACUCAAUCUUCUCUUCGCGUAUUUAACAGGUCUUCAGUUUCUUUGACAGCUUAAGUCUUCUAAAAA